AUCAGCUGAUAACAUUAUUGUUGUCUUUUUUUGAGGUUAGUUUAAUGAAAAUUCAAGAAUAAUUAAUAAUUUAAUAUAGAUAGUUUAAUGAAAAUUCAAGAACAAUUAAUAAUUUAAUAUAGAAAGAAAAAAUAAAUAUGGCACAGAGUAGAUUGGAAAAAAUCGGAACUAUUUUUAUGAGAGUUCAGAAUCUUGUGAAAGGAGGUGUUUUAAAAAAAGAUGAACUACCAAUUUGGUACGCUGUUUAUGAAGCUUUUCCACCGAAAUAUGAACCAAGAUUCGAUAGACCAGGAUCUAUAGCUCCCUUGUCAAAUAUUUAUUACACUGAAGAUCUUAUAAGAGCAAAAUUUUAUAAAGACUUCCCGGGCUUGACAAAUCCAGCAUUGAGUUCCAAUGAGCCAACGAAAUGUCAACAAUUUAUUGAAGAAUAUCGAAAAUUGGAGAAGGAAGGAAUUCCGGAAAAUGAAAUCUACGAUAAAACAAGAGAGAUAUUUUCUUCAAAGUUGGAAACGGAUCGUGAACGAACCACUUCGACACGCUUUGAAGAAGUUAAACCUGCAAGAAAACAAAAGAGAGCUAUUAAUAUUCUUGAUUUAAUGAAAGAGUGAUGUAAAAGUCAAAAUUUAACCUAAAUUGUUACACUUUACGAAUAAGUAGAUUUAAUAAAUGUUUUUUAAAAUA